GUUGGUAUUCAGAAGGGUCUGAAACAUCUUUUCUUCCCCUUCCAGGAUGAUCGACACCAGCGCAGUUCAGCAGGAGAGGCUGCAGGCCAUCGCGGAAAAGAGGAAGCGCCAAACCGAGAUGGAAAACAAACGACGGCAGUUGGAAGAUGAUAGGCGCCAACUGCAGCACCUAAAGUCGAAAACUCUGCGGGAAAGAUGGCUGCUGGAAGGAGCUCCUUCGUCCACAACCGAGGGAGGAGAUGCCAUGAAGAGGCAGAUGGAGCAGGACGACAUGAAGGCCAAGGAGCUGGAAGACAGCAUCCAGAAGCUGGAGAAGGAGUUGGAGCUAUUUGAAAACGGAGUCUCGGCAUCUUCAACCAAAGAGACCUUGGCAGAGGAAGAGAGACCCACCCGCUCACCAAAGACUCCAUUGGGCUCAGCCAAGUCCUCAAACAGUCCCAUGAAAGGGUUGGAAACAGGUGGCAUGAUGAAGGCAGCUAUGUACUCUGUGGAAAUCACUGUGGAAAAGGACAGAGUCACUGGGGAGACCAAGGUCCUGUCCAGCACCACUAGACUCCCCAAGGGCCGCUUGGUACAAGGGGUCAAAGUGUACGAGGACGAGAUGAAAGUGGUCCAUGCGGUCCAUGCCGAGGACGGGGCUGUCGAGAAUGGCAUCCACCUCCUGAGCUCGUCUGAGGUAGACGAACUCAUCCACAAGGCAGACGAGGCCUCCGAGAAGGCCAGCAAUCCCCCCAGCCAGAAGGUCACGCCCCGGAAAGAAAUCACCGGCGUUCAGGCCAAGCCAAUGAAGAGCCCGAAAGGCCCCCAGCCGAGCAAGGAGCAGCCGGUCACCAUGAUCUUCAUGGGCUACCAGAAUGUGGAAGACGAAAACGAGACCAAAAAGGUGCUGGGCCUCGAGGGCACGAUCAAGGCUGAGCUCGUGGUGAUCGAAGAUGCGGAGAACAAGGCGGCGGCAGACAGCACGGGGAAGGACCACGCCCCACCCAACGGCAGCGCCGUGGAGUCUGUGACGGCCCUCCCGCAGAAGGAAGAGAACCAGGCCGGCGAGAAGCCGACGGCCAACGACACCGACCCCAAAGAGACAGACAAGGAUCUCGACGUCAAAAAACAGCGCUGCAAAUGCUGUUCCGUCAUGUAAGGGGCCCGCCCUCCAUGCCAUGG